AUGGGGAAACUCGAUGGAAAAAUUGCUCUCAUCACGGGUGGAUCAGAUGGAAUUGGUUUAGCAACUGCUAUACAAUUUGUGAUCGAAGGUGCAUAUGUCUUUAUUACUGGACGUCGUCAAGAAGCACUUGAUGCAGCAGUGGAAAAAAUUGGUAGUAAAAAUGUUACUGCAAUACAAGCAGAUUCAUCAAAAUUAGAUCAAAUCGAUAAUGUCAUUAACAUUAUUGAGAAACAAAAAGGCAAACUCGAUAUUGUCUUUGCAAAUGCAGGAGGCGGCACAGCUUCACCAUUGGACGCAAUUACAGAAGAACAUUAUAAUCUUAUAUUUGAUCUUAAUGUGAAAGGAGUAUUAUUUACUGUGCAAAAAGCAUUACGAAUUCUUUCCAAUGGCGGCUCAAUUAUAAUAAAUGGAUCAGGUCAUAGUAUAAAAGGUUUUCCAGCUUUCAGUGUUUAUGCAGCAUCGAAAGCAGCUGUUCGUUCGUUUGCUCGUUGUUGGUCUGUGGAUCUAAAGGAUCGUAAAAUUAGAGUAAACGUACUGAGUCCUGGUGUGACUGAAACACCAUUAGCUAAAAAAGUUGCAGGUGAUUCAGAAGAAGCUUGGCAAGCUACUGUAAAAAUGUUUACGGAUAUUAUCCCCAUGGGUCGGAUUGCUCAACCUGAUGAAAUAGCCAAACCUGCUGUGUUUCUUGCAUCAGAUGAUAGCUCGUAUAUCACCGGUAUUGAACUUUUUGUUGAUGGAGGUGUUACACAAAUCUAA